AUGCUGCGCAACGCACUCUCAUGCUUUCUGGAACAGCUUGAGCUGGCGCGCUUAACGGAAACAUUGCCUUCCAACAUCGACUACGCGGAGCUGGUGGCGAUGGUUCAGCAGAGGCUGCAGGGCGCCCCUGGGAAGACGUUGGGUGUGUUUGAGCACCUCCGGGCGAAGGAGAUUCGUCUUCCGGAGCCCGACAAUCCAGACUAUGCCGUCGCGUCCAUGUCGGCGCCCCUCACCGUGUUCCUCUUCGACAUUGAAGGCACGACCACCCCACUUCCUUUUGUGCAGAAAGUCCUGAUGCCCCUUGCAGAAUCCCGCGUUGAGGCCUACAUGGCGGCGCACUUCCCUGCCGAUCAGGCGUUUGUGGACCUGCUCACUGCCGCUGCCGAGCGGCCGUCUUCCCCACUGGCAAAAGCGCAGACGGCCUACUCGAAGGCAUUCACGGACGCACUGGCGACGAGUGGGGCGCGCGACUGGAAAGAUGAAGCGGCGAACGAAGUGACGCGUAGUGACUUCUGCGCGUUUUUUCACCACCAGAUCAAGAGAGGCGCCGAUCACGCCGCGGUGAAGGUGGUCCAGGCGGCCAUCUGGGCAGAGGUGUUUGCAGAGGGCAAGCUGCAGUCGCCGGUGUUUCCUGAUGUGAAUACGUUUUUUCGCUUCGUCGGCGGCCCGGCCAUGGCUGAGAGGACGCGCAUCGCACUCUACAGCUCGGGCAGCGUCGCCGCCCAGAAGCUCGUCAUGGGCCAUACGUCAUAUGGCGAUUUAAAUCCGUUCAUUACGGCGUAUUUCGACCCCUUGCUUGUCGGCACGAAGCUGAUGCCGAAGAGCUACAUGAAAAUCCGCACCCUUCUUGUGGAGCAGCUAGAUAUACCGCCGGAGAGCAUGCACAUCGUCUUCGUGACGGACAACACCAGUGAGGCCUCCGCGGCCGAGACGUCUGGGGCGGUGGAAAGCGCCAUCCUGUGCGUGCGCCCGCUGAACGACUGGAUCACGUUUGACACCAUGCUGUCGAUUAACGUGCCGUACAUUAUGUCCUUUACGCAGCUCAUGCAGCGCAACUGUGUGGUGGACAUGGCGAAGCUAGUCAGCGACACGAAGGAGUGCAUAAAGCAGCACAACAUAUCCUGA